AUGGCUGCACCGCCGCCGCUCCUGAUCCGCGGGGGUCGCGUGGUCAACGAAGACUUCUCGCAGGUGGCCGACGUGCUGGUGGAGCACGGCGUGGUGCAGGCGCUCGGCCCCGACCUGCUGCCUCCCGGGGGCGCGCCUGCGGGACUGCGGGUCCUCGACGCCCGGGGCAAACUCGUCCUGCCCGGCGGCAUCGACACGCACACGCACAUGCAGUUCCCCUUCAUGGGCUCGCGCUCUGUGGACGACUUCUACCAGGGCACCAAGGCUGCUCUGGCGGGGGGCACCACGAUGAUCCUUGAUUUUGCCAUUCCUCAGAAAGGCGACUCCCUCAUUGAGGCCUUUGAGACCUGGAGAGGCUGGGCUGACCCCAAAGUCUGCUGCGACUACAGCCUUCACGUGGCAGUGACAUGGUGGAGUGACCAGGUGAAAGAAGAAAUGAAAAUUCUCACCCAAGAUAAAGGUGUGAACUCUUUCAAGAUGUUUAUGGCCUAUAAGGAUUUGUAUAUGGUGAGAGAUAUCGAGCUGUAUGCAGCCUUCUCCCAGUGCAAGGAAGUUGGAGCAGUUGCUCAGGUCCAUGCAGAAAACGGAGACUUAAUUGCAGAGGGGGCAAAGAAGAUGUUGGCAUUGGGGAUAACUGGCCCCGAGGGCCAUGAGCUGUGCCGGCCAGAAGCGGUGGAGGCAGAGGCCACGCUGAGAGCCAUUACCAUAGCCAGUGCCGUCAACUGCCCUCUCUACGUGGUGCACGUGAUGAGCAAGUCCGCAGCAAAGGUGAUAGCGGAUGCCAGGAGAGAAGGGAAGGUGGUCUAUGGAGAACCUAUAGCAGCAAGUCUUGGCACAGAUGGCACUCACUAUUGGAAUAAAGAAUGGCACCAUGCAGCCCACUAUGUUAUGGGACCACCCCUGCGACCAGACCCUUCCACACCUGAUUUCCUCAUGAAUCUUUUGGCUAACAAUGAUCUAACCACCACAGGGACUGACCACUGCACCUUCAACACCUGCCAGAAAGCUCUUGGGAAGGAUGAUUUUACUAAGAUUCCCAAUGGAGUGAAUGGUGUUGAGGACCGGAUGUCAGUAAUAUGGGAAAAAGGCGUGCAUAGUGGUAAAAUGGAUGAAAACCGAUUUGUGGCCGUUACCAGUGCAAAUGCAGCUAAAAUCUUUAAUCUCUAUCCAAGAAAAGGAAGAAUAGCUGUAGGAUCAGAUGCUGACAUUGUGAUUUGGGACCCAAAAGCUACAAGGACUAUUUCUGCAAAAACCCAUCAUCAGGCUGUGAACUUCAACAUCUUUGAGGGCAUGGUCUGCCAUGGAGUGCCCCUGGUUACAAUCUCAAGAGGCAAAGUGGUGUAUGAAGCUGGAGUUUUCAAUGUCACAGCAGGCGAUGGGAAGUUUAUUCCUUGCAAACCAUUUGCUGAAUAUGUUUACAAGCGAAUCAAACAGAGAGACCAGACUUGCACACCUACCCCUGUGGAGCGUGCACCCUAUAAGGGAGAAGUUGUCACCCUGCAAUCCAAAGGGACCAAAGAAGAAUUCACAUCGGGGACCAGGAAGUAG